AUAAAAACAGAGGACUCUUACAAAUAAGGAGGGAGAUUCCAAAUUAGGUGAAGGUUCCUCAUCCCUGUUGGUUGCGGGGUCUCUUUUCUUCUCCUUCUCUUCAAUUCUCCUCUCCUUCUUCUAUACCUUCUCUUCCUUCCAAACCCUAAGCCUAACCCUAGAAAACCCACCCCAAAAACUGAGAAACCCACCCCAAAAAAUGGCAGACAGGGUCUACCCCUCUGCAAAACCUCCUCAACCCCUCAGCAACUCUGCCGCCGCCACCGCCCCCAAAUCCCAGAUCUUCCGCCCUCCUGCCUACCGCCCCGCCACCAAACCCCCAUCUCGCCGCCGCUCCCGGUGCUGCUCCUGCUGCCUCUGGCUUACCUUCAUCAUCUUCACCCUCAUCCUCCUCGCCGCCGCCGCCUCUGCCGUCCUCUACAUCCUCUACCGCCCCCGCCGCCCCUCCUUUUCCGUUUCCUCCGUCCGCUUCUCCUCAUUCAAUCUCACCUCCUCCCGCCUUAGUUCCAACCUCAAUCUCACCAUCUCCGCUCGAAACCCCAAUAAGAAGCUCGUCUUCUACUACGACCCCUCCUCCAUCUCCGUCUUCUCCGACGGUGUCGAGAUCGGCGACGGCUCAUUCAAUCCCUUCAUCCACACCACAAAGAGCACGACCCUUAUUAAGGCUGCCGUGUCGACCGGCAGCCCACGGGUUCUCGACUCAUCGUCUGCGGCAUCAAUCUCGUCCGGCCUUAAGAGAAAGGAAGGAUUGCCGCUGCAGAUCCAGUUGGAGACGAAGGUUAGGGUUAAGAUGGGUGGAUUGAAGACGAAGAGGGUUCGGGUUAGAGUGAAUUGCGACGGGAUAGACGCCGUCGUCCCGAAGGGGAAAUCGACUGCUGCCGCCACGACGUCGGGUGCGAAAUGCAAGGUGAAGAUCAGGAUCAAGAUCUGGAAAUGGCAACUCUGAAAAUAAGAUAAGUUGCGAGAGUUGUGUGAUAUGAUUUUGGCUUUUUUUUCUUUUAAUUUUUUUUUAUUUUUAUUUUGUUGUAAAUCAUAGAAAUGAGAAGAUUUGGUAAGUAGAGUAGAAUUAUAUAGUUACAGAUAUACUCUUUUAUUAUAUGCUUUUGCUGUUGGUGCUGUUGUAAGCGUUUUUCUAUGUUCUUCUUUCAGUUUGGGAGUGGAUUUUUUUUUUUUUUUUGUAAUAUUUUCAUGAACGAAUAAAGGAGGAAAAUUGAAAUUC